AUGCUGCGUUUCUUUGCUACACACGACAGAAGGUUCGCCUCUGUCCUCGCCUGCGUGAGAUUUGCAAAUGAGAAAUUCGGAGGAAUCUUCAACUACCCAACCCGCUCCCCUCUUCUUUCGAGAAGUGCGGAGCCGGUGCUGCCCGUGAGGGCCUGGUGUGAUAUUCACAACUGCACUUGGCAUCAGAAACAUCGGGGGACUCGGCUUGCCGAUACCCCAUGGGAGAGUCGGUGCGGAGAUUGUGUGUGA